UCAAACUUCAAAAGUUUGAAUUCGAAUUAUGUCAUAUCCACACAUGAGAAGUAUCCAAAUAAACAAAUGUAUAUUCUAAACUUCCAUUAUCUUUUAUUUUAGUGCAAUUUAUUAAAAAAAAAUGUGGUUAUUUAAAAUACACCGUGGUUUAAAUAAAAAAGUCAAGCGAAUUAUUUGGUCGCGGUACUUUUCCAUAACUACUAAUAAAAAAUGGGAAAGCGUUGUCGGUUUAGAAGUACAUGCACAGCUCAAUACUGAAUCUAAGCUCUUCUCUGGUGCUGAAAAUACAUUUGGUGGGUUAGUGAAUAAUUGUGUUUCUUUAUUCGACGCUUCUAUACCCGGAACACUACCAGUGUUGAACAGAAAAUGUGUGGAACUUGGUAUUAAGACUGCUUUAGCACUGUCAUGUCGCGUUAAUGAAGUCUCCACUUUUGACAGAAAACAUUAUUUUUACGCGGAUUUGCCUACAGGGUAUCAGAUAACACAACAAAGAGCGCCGCUGGCUAGCAAUGGUGUUAUUAAUUUUCAGGUAUUCACACCAGGAGUCCAUAAAGAGCCAUAUAACAAGAGUUCAAAAAUCAAACAAAUUCAAUUGGAGCAAGACAGUGGCAAAUCUUUACAUGAUGAUGAAUUAAAACGAAGUCUGGUAGAUUUAAAUAGAGCCGGGGUGCCACUUAUUGAGCUUGUUUUUGAGCCUGAUUUGGAGGAUGGCGAAGAGGCGGCCGCACUAGUGAAAGAGCUAAUAUUAAUUGUACAACGGCUUGAUGCCUGUACAGGUCGUAUGGAAGAGGGCGCGUUACGAGUUGAUGCCAAUGUGUCACUGCGCCGCUAUGGAGACCCUCUGUCAACACGGACUGAGAUUAAAAAUAUCGGAUCAGUUCGUGGAGUGGCGGGCGCAAUUCGACAUGAGAUCGAUCGUCAACGAACAAUACUUGAAAACGGUGGAACCAUCUUGAACGAAACACGUUCUUGGGACGCCACAAAUAAGAUUACUGUGGCGAUGCGAGAUAAAGAAGUUGUGCAGGAUUAUAGGUAUAUGCCAGAGCCGAAUCUCCCGCCGCUGCGAGUUAACUUGAAAACAAAGAGUGAUACUCAGGAUGUUAUAAGUGUACCUUUAAUACAAGAUCAGAUCCCAGAACUCCCUGAAGACACACGAAGAUGUCUCAUACAAGAAUAUCAAAUAAGACCAGAGAGUGCUAUACAGCUUGUUAAUGAACCUAUAUUAUUAAAAUAUUUCUUAGAUAUCACAUCAAAUAAAGAAAGAAAUCCAACCAAAGUGGCCAAUCUAUUACUAAACGACUUUCUCACAGCCUUAAACCAAAAUAAAGUUAAUAUUGAAGAUUAUCCAGUAACGUCACAACAACUUUUGGAACUUACUGAUUUGCUGCUACAAAAAAAGAUCAAUCUGGAUAUUUGUAGACUGAUUCUUGAUGAGUUGGUCCAAAAUCCAAAUAACAAUGUAUCACCUUCAAAAUUACUUAAAGAAAAAGGCUGGUCGUUGACAACAGAUGAAUCAGAAUUAACUAAACUAUGUAUAUCAGUUUUGGAAAAUAAUCCAAAAUUAGUUAAACAGUAUAAGGAAGGAAAAACGAAAAUUUUCAAAGCAUUAUUGGGUAUAGUAGCCAAGAGUUCUCAGAAUAAGCUAGACAUGGCUGCAGUGUCGAAAAUCAUGGAGGAUCUGUUAAAAAAGUGAGAAAUAAUAUUUAAUAAAUAGUGUUGACAUGA